AUGGGGGGCAAACAUAGUCGCCUCCAGCGAGAGCAGAAGCAUCAGCAACGGAAGCAAAAGAAGGAGCAAUACGGUUCCAACCACCGUGUCGAACAGCAGGAAGAAGCGGGUGGCAGUGGCAGCACUGGUGGUGACGGUAAAUUAAGUGACAACUCACAACUGGUCGUGACGGCUGUGCACCACCACCACCUGGUGCCGGUAGAAUCGGUUACGGUGCGCGACAACAACAGCAGCCCGAGCGUUCCGGGGCAUGGUGGUGUGGUCGAUGUUGCGUUUGAGUCGGCGCUAAACGUAACUGAACGUGACGUCGUGCGUGUGGGACGUGUGCCGGAGUGCAACGCGGCGGCGACCCGGGAGGAAGAGGAAGACAACGCAAAAAGCUCCGUUACCAUUACGAUUUGCAUGCUGAAAAUGGAACCGAAUGAGACCGGUGCGGAGGAGGCAGAGGCUAUCGCAGCGACGGGCGAUUCCGUGCGGACCGUUGCUGAACAAGAUGAGGGUAGUGCUGGACCUGCAGAGGACGUCAUCGCACACGAUUCACUUUCCCGGCGUCAGUGUGCAUGCCUUGAGAAUGGUAAUUUUGGGUGCUCAGUUGAUGGACCGACGGCAGACAGUGGCGAAACAGUGAUGCGGUGUAGCUGCAGUGCGAACACCACAGGAGCGAACGAUAAUCGGUUGAACAAUAAUGAGUCGCCGACAAAUCUGCCGACACCUUCGACGAUAUCGUCGACUCCCGCCGCAAUGGUGCCCGCUGGCGUAUCGGCGAUGUCUUCCAACGCUGCGAACCCAAACGCGGUACCGGUACCGCCUGCGGUAUCGUUCAUGAUCGGUGGGCACGAUCCCGCCACCAUCAGUCAUCUGUUGCACCGGUUGCGACACUUGCACCACCAUCACCACCAUCUGCACCAUCACCACCACCAUCAUCAUCUGAUGCAUCUGCACCACCUACAUCAUCACCAUCCGGUGACGGGCGGUGUCACAGAUUUGCCGCCAGAUGUCGCGCACAGCAAUACAAUGGAUUGGAGACAGCAGCACGCGCAACAUCAGUGGAUCCCCGCUGCGAUGGUUGGCUCUAGCAAUGGUGCGAUAGUACGCCCUGCCGAGGUUCCUCCUGGUGGAUCAUCUGUGGGACCGGCCACCGCCGCCAGCCCACACUUUAUGGACAUCGAUAUUGAUCUGAAGGAUAAACUCGAGGGUUUGAGGUUGGGCCCGGCCCCAACGUCAGCGACAGGACAGCGGCCGAGUAGCAAUAACAAUGUGACGGAGGAAAGCGGUGAACAUCCGUACAGUGUUGGUGAAUGUCCGACGUGCUGUGCCAUGGCAAUGGCAGCCAAUGCAUCUGGUUCGCUGGGCGGUUUAUUGAGCGGUAGCGGCGGACUCGGUGGUGCAUCGAGUUCGGUGGCGAACGGAACGAGCAUCUACAAUGGAAAUGUUGGCGAGGUGGAGGAGAAGAUUCUCAACACUAGCAACCAACCGUCGGUGACACCUCCUUCGCUAACCGGUGGCGAAAAAGUGCCAGAACUGAGCGCUCCCGUGGUGACUUCACUGGCGAUGGAUAACAGUCCGAGCGGUACCGGUGUCUCCCCUUCGUCUGAUCAGAUUUCAACCGAACCGGACAACACUGAAGCUGGAUCAUCUUCGGUGGCAACCUCAUCUGCCGUUGGUAGAACGGUACCCAGCACUGGGAAGGAUGCUGUACGGACCGUAGCGUUGGAGGACAAUUCCUCGAAACCGACAGCAGCAGCAGCAACAGCCAGUACAGCCUCGCCGAGUUCAGCAAACACGACCAGUGACAGUCCGCCAGCAACCACGGUCGCGGCUGGUAGCGUUGUGCCGCCAUCGUCCCCAGCCGAUACGAAAACAAUCGGACCAGCCGCAACGGCAUCAAGUGUUGUAACGUCCUGCUGCAGCCGGAAGUCUUCAUCGUCCACCCUGUUCGGUUCCUUAUCGUUUGCCGGUCGUCGAUCGCGCUCGUCUAACGCACGCACCGGAAGUUGUUGUGCCACUGCAGCGGGUGACGGUGUAUCGCCAGCAGCCGCAAUCACCACUCCCGAACAGCAGCAGCAGCAGCGAUCCCGCAUCUCGUGGAUACCGGGCAGUGGGCAGAAGCAACAGCGCACCGGCGGGGCCAAGAAUGGCCGCACUGAUACGGCCACAGCCGUCACCAGCCCCGGCAGUGCCAAAUCGAAAAAGUCCAACUGGCCCUUCUCACUAAAAUCAUCCAGUGGAUCUUCAUCGCAAUCGCGUGCAGGCACGACGGGAACGGCACAGGCAGCUGCACACAACAAACAGACGACCAAAGCAACCACCCCGGGAGCGGGUUCCGCAUCGAACGGUUGUGCCAGCACCAGCACGGCAAUGGCCGCGGAUAUGAGCAACAGUAUUGUGUCGUCGGCCGUAGCAAACGGUGGCUCAUCCCUUCGCGGUAGCUCGCUGAUAAGUUCGGCUAAGCUUUUGAAAGGUGAAACGGAUCAGGAUGAUUCGUGCGUGUGUACGGCUUAUCGGAAGGUGAGCGAAUCGCCUCCACCACCUUCAUCGCCAGUGCCACCGGUUGCGGCGUCGGCCGGACCAUCCAGGGUAGCUAGCCCGAGACCGGCCGAAUCGGUCGAAUGGUUGGAGGAAGCUAUACACGGCUCUGGACUGUUGCCGCUGAAUCUCCACAUGCUCAGUUCGCUCCGAUCGGGUAACGCGGGUACAGCCGCACAAUCGAUGGCCGGUGUAUCGGCACCGAUGAUUUCGCUCAGCCCAGAACCGAUACCUGCCUCGAUGCUCGCUAACCAUCACCAUCACCAUCAUCACGCGAUGACUGCCGCGGCGCUCGUUGCCGACCAUCAUCCGACGUUCUUCUUCUCUGCCGCCGCGUCCGGUGGUUCGAACCAUCACGCCCAUCACGGACCGGUGGGGCCCGGUGUUGGCGGAUCAUCAGCAGCAGCCGGCCAGCUAUUCGGUACACCCGCCAACGAUGUGAUACUGCUGUCGGAUUCACCCGUCCUGUUUGAUCUCACCAGCGAUGACUUCUCGGUGGAGGAUUGUGAUGAACGGGCCCGGAUCCAGCGGGAGCUGGAAAUCCGCGAAGGAGUGGACGCACCGCCCAACUUCCAUCCGCGCCGUCUAAUGUCCGGCGGAACGAUUGCGUCCGGUCCGGCCGCAAACCAUCCGAUAGCGUUCAUCUAUUCGCGCGACCUGAUGCAGCGGGGUCUGCUGAUGGCGAACAAGCUGAUACAGCCGCUGGAUGCGGCCGGCCGUUGUACGGCCGGGCGUGACGGUUUCGGCCGGUUGCGCAUCCAUUCGCAGGUCGACUUCAUACACUGUCUCGUGCCGGAUCUACAGAAAAUCACCAGCUGCAGCUUCUACUGGGGCAAGAUGGAUCGGUACGAGGCGGAACGAUUGCUCGAGGGCAAACCGGAGGGCACGUUCCUGUUGCGCGAUUCGGCGCAGGAAGAGUUUCUGUUUUCCGUAUCCUUCCGGAAGUACAAUCGGUCGUUGCACGCUCGGAUCGAGCAGUUUAAUCACAAGUUUAGCUUUGACUCUCGCGAUCCGGGUGUAUUUACGGCCUCAACGGUAACAGGGCUGCUGGAACACUACAAGGAUCCGUCCUGUGUGAUGUUUUUCGAACCGAUGCUAACGUUCCCGCUGAAUCGCAACUUUAGCUUCAGCCUGCAGCAACUGUGCCGGGCGGUGAUCGUAAGCAACACGACGUACGAUGGCAUCAAUGAGCUGACGCUACCAAAGUCUCUUAAGUCAUACCUGAAGGAGUAUCACUAUCGGCAGCGGGUCCGCUUCCGGCCAAUGGAUGAGCAUCUCUACUCCAACGCGUAGCUGCCCGAUGACGAUGGGUACGAUCGUGAUUCGGAUGAUGACGACGAUGACGUUGAUGAUGGUGCCCGUAGCAGAAGGGAAUGCAACAACGAGGCACUUAUACUCGAAGCAUCCGGUGGUAGAUAUAAACCCGACGUAGCAUUGCUAUUGAGAGGCUUGCUUAAAGGCGCUGGCAUUCAUCAUUGCUGCUACGCGAUACAUCCUGCUAAUGAAGUUUUAGCAACUGCACGAAACAUUGGCAAUGGAACGAUGCCAACCGUCGUUAAACGGCAUUGUAAAAUGGCGAAAAACCAAUCGAUGGGCUACAAGUGGCGUAAGCGGCUUCAUCUUCGUGGUGGUGGUGGUGUGUUCCGGGCUCGAUCGCAACCAUCGACGUCGGUAUCGCCGUCGUGCUCGUCAUCGUCCCACUGGAUGAUUGUACUAAAGUGGUUCCUUAAGCGCCAGCAAAGAAUAAUGUCCCAUACCCAUCCCAAACAAUGAACGGUAGUGUGGCAUUGCUCUUGUUUGCCUUGGUGCGUUAUGUUUUUUUUGUAUAUUUCUAGAUCAGAUCAGUGUUUGUGUUGCGGUGGACAACAUAUUUUUUCUCAUUCAAACCUUAAAAAGCACAAUAGCUAUAGUGUGAACGAUUCUGUCGAAAAAUGGUACACACCAUCAUACCCCCAGUGUCGGUACAUCCCCUAGCUGCGUUCAGUAGCUUUAAAUUAACACCCCCCGCACUUAUUUGAGUGAGUUUCAAUGGCACUUCGUCGUAGGUGUGUUAGUAAAUUAUUUGCAUUUCCAUUCCAUCCCUUUUCCUUCUGCAAAACAACAAAACAGAGAAGCAUUAUUCUUGUUAGUUAACCACGUUAGGGAAAGCAAUUAACAACCCACUACAACAAAUCCCUCUGCGUACGUUGAACAGUGCGAUUGUAAAGUAGCGUUCGGGAAGGAGAGGUUUGAAAAAAAAAACAACCACCAGAAUCAGUAUUUCAGUAGAGCAAUGCGUGAAUAACCG